CGAGGGUAUCAGCAGAGAGGAACACACAAGUGCUGAGUGACUGUACGCACUGUGCUCGCUGUGGAUGCUUGUUUUGUUUGCUCAUUGGAGUGUUGUUCUGUUUGCGCCGAGCCAAGGGGUAAUCGCCACCUAACAAAGCCCCAUCUGUGUACAGUCCAGCAACUGGAAACAAAGCGGGAAACAGGAGAGGUAGUUAGAAAGUGCGAGGGGAAACAGUUUAGGACUCGGCUGCAGAUUUGCAAAGGUGCAAUGCCAAGGGUGCACACUCUGACGGAUGCCGUUCACCUGUAGUAAAUCUCAAAUAUCCUGAAACAAGUGCAACAGAGUGAAAAACAAUCUGAUUGCUGACUUCACAAGCUGCAUGGGGGUUCUAGUGUGCUGUGACUGCUUCUUUUACAGGAAAUCCAAAACGAAGCCCAAUGGAAAGAAAGUGCCUGUGGAAGAGAAGAAGCACUACUUGGAGCCAGAGUACACAAAAGUUCGGGUUGUGGACUUUGACCUCAAGGAGUUGGUGGUGCUCCCCACCAAAGAGAUAGACCUCAACGAAUGGCUUGCCAGCAACACAACAACCUUCUUCAAUCUCAUAAACCUGCAGUAUAGCACAAUCUCAGAGUUUUGCACUGGGGACACUUGUCAAGCCAUGACAGCCUGUAAUACAAUUUACUACUGGUAUGACGAAAGAGGGAAAAAGACAAAGUGCACAGCUCCUCAGUAUAUCGACUUCGUUAUGAGUUUCGUGCAGAAAUUAGUGACAGAUGAAGACAUCUUUCCCACAAAAUAUGGCAAACCAUUUCCAAAUUCAUUCGAGUCUCUGGUGAAGAAGGUGUACCGGUAUCUUUUUCACGUGCUGGCGCACAUCUACUGGGCGCACUUUAAAGAGACAGUGGCUCUGGAGCUACAGGGACACUUGAACUCACUUUACGCACAUUUCAUCGUCUUCGUCAGAGAAUUCAACCUGGUCGACCCUAAAGAGACCUGCAUCAUGGAUGACCUAUCAGAGGUGCUAUGCACACCCCUGCCCCCCCUUCCAAAUAAUCAUGUGACCGAGAGAUGAAACGCCUGCACCUGAACUCUUCGAACAAGAAGUGGAGGAAGAUGACAUAAACUGCGAGGGCUCCUGUCUGGGCCAGGGGCCUUGAACGGGCCCCAUCUUAACUUUUUUUUCACAAUCUUUAAAAGAUCCUGUCAAAAGAUGGGAAAAGAGGCUGGAAGACUCUAACUCUGUUGUACCAGCACAGAAUGGUCUGAAUGUUUCCUCCAGGACAAACAAAUCUGUCGACCUUGUCAUUUGUAUAGGAACAACUUGUAUUUUAUUUAGCUUUUAUUUCAUUAUUUUUGCACAUGCGCUGUUGGAGGUUGUUCGUUUUUACUUUGUUUUAGGGAAUUGUAUUUCUGCUCUGCUCUCAUCUGUGCCUUAGAUAUAUGUAGUUAUGGUUUGUCUGUUAAUAUGCAACAAUGUUUAGAAAACUAUCUUUGACCUCUGGCGCCCUCUUGUGGAGGGAGUGAAGUCUAAUACGGACUGACGGUGCAGCUUUAGUGGCCUGUACUCAACUGGCUUAAAGUCUCUCUCUUUUAUUCAUUUAUUUAUUUUUUUAAAUUUCAACCAAAACUAUUUUUUUCUUGACCUCUUUUAGCUCCAUUUCUAAACAUGCUUUAGUCAAGUCUUUAGGUUCUGUCUCCAUAUGACUUCUCUGGUUUCUGAUGGUCUGGUUCUGAGAGAAGUUAGAGAUUUUCACAUAAAGGCAAAUUCAGGUUUACAGUGAGAUUUUCAAAGGUUCAAAAUGUAUAAACUUAAACAAGGGUAUGAUGGAUUGACUGAUGCUCUGGAGGUGUCUUGACAAGGACAUUAGUGAUAUGUGCAUGUCUGCUCGCUCAAAGAGAUUCUGCAGGUGGAGAAAUAUUUGUUGCACUGAUGAGAGAGCACAUCCUCCAAUUUUGCAACCCAUAUUUUUUAUUUCACUUUUUUUUUCUUGUAUAACUUAUCAGAGGUCAUUAAUAUUGUGGCACCCCACACGUGCUUUUUUUGUUUGAGAUUUAGAUACUAUAAAGAAAUCACUAUAAUUGCCUUUAGCGAGAGAGGCUUUUCGUUCUCCUUUUUAUUUUAUUUAUUUGGACUUAUAAAAAAAAAAAUCUAGUUGCAGAGUUUUUCACUUCUUGCUUUCUCUUAAGUGUUUUAGUUAAGUUAAAAGCCACUUCAUAUUUCAAGCUCUGCAAAAUAUAAUCAAAUAAAAACAAGAAAU